AUGGCUGGCUUUCAUGGAAAGAUUUCUUUGGUGAGCCAUACUAAAUUACCGGAUAUUCUCCAUCCUGCAUCCCAGCCGGGGAACCCUGAGACCCUCUCAGUGCGAGGAAUUGCUACCAAUGGCAAAAGGGAGGAGGUUCCAGGUUUAGCUCAAAGUCACCAAAACAAGAAGCCUUUUCUGCAAGACAUUCUGAGGACCUACCAAGUCGAGCAGCUUGACAGCUGGGAAAAACUAGAUCAAUGGGCGAAUGUUGAUAAAAAACACAGGGAAAGAAAUGGAAAGGAAGACAAGGACAAAGUUCCCUCUAACAACACUCAAUCAUCGCUCAAGGCUCAGUGCGAAGAGAUUCAAAACAAGCUUUUUGAGAAGAUAAAUUCCGAUGGAUUUUACUAUCUAAAGAAUCUGUUUUGGUCAAAUGACCCAGAAGGAAGAGGAAGAGUUUCAAGGGAAUCUCUUCCUGUAUUACUAGCUACCUUCCUCGGCCAUUUUGUCAGUACGGCACAGUGUGACCACCUCCUCCAAAGGCUACAACUUGGAAACAAACGCACAAUAUCAUUUGAUGCCUUCUACGAUGGCUUUAAGAGGGAGGAAAACAGCGAGCCACCUGAUUGGCUGGAUCCAAUGAAGCGAAAACAUAAGCCGGCUUUGAAAGAAGCACAUGAGGUUCAUUUAUCACUGAAGGAAAUGGCUGAAAACAGAUACUUUCAACUUCUGAAAUAUUUUCCAAAAGAAAACAUGAACUCUUUCGAAUUCCGCGGUGCUCUGUCCAAGUUAGGCCUAGCAAUGAAGGAGAAGGAGUAUGAGAAAUUAUGGAACAGAUACGUUGCCAAAAAGGAUGGGAUUCUACGAACUGAGGGUCUGUUCGGCCAUUUGGGAAUAGUGGAUAAUCAUCGCAGCUUAUUGCUGACAGCUCUGGAAAAAGUUUCAGCGACACAUCAAAUCCAUCAGCCAAGUGAGAAUGUGUUAACUUUGCUAUUGGAUUGUCAAAAAAAAAAAACGGUUAAUAUAAUGACAACUGAACUUGGUCAAUAAACUCUGAAU